AUGCCCGAGGUUGAGGAAUAUACAAUUGGUUGGAUCUGCGCCCUGACUAAAGAGCUCAUCGCAGCCAAAGCGUUCCUCGACGUUCUUCACGAUCCUGUUGACAACGCAGCCAUCAACGAUGACAACAAUUACACGCUGGGUAGCAUCGGGAAACACAAUGUGGUCAUUGCAGUCUUGCCGUACGGGCAAUACGGUCUUGUCAAUGCCGCGGCUGGCCUGAAAGAUAUGACCAGGACCUUUUCCAACCUGCGAGCUGUACUCAUGGUCGGGAUUGGUGGCGGCGUCCCAGGCACUGAGGAUAUCCGCCUGGGUGACAUCGUUGUUGGAUCUGUAGGUCGAAACAACAGCGGUGUCAUCCAGUACGAUUAUGGGAGGGCAGUCCAAGGCAAGGAAUUCGCUGUCACUGGUCACUUGAACCAGCCGCCUAUGGCGUUUCUAACAGCCAUGAGCGCUCUGCAUGCUACUUAUGAGAUGGAAGGUCACAGUAUCCAGAGCAACAUCGAUAAGGCCCUUCGAAAGUACAAGCGACUAGAGAAGAAAUACGAACGGCCUGCUGCGUCUACAGAUCGGUUGUACGAAGCGAAUUUCGUCCAUGGAGAAGGCGAGGGUAUAGACUGCAACCAGUCUUGCGGUGAUGACAACCUUCUGCACCGAGACGAAAGAGGUGACGACGAAAGCAAUCCUGCCAUUCAUUGCGGUCUGAUAGCAUCGGGUAACUCUUUGAUGAAAGAUGCGCUUCUACGCGAUAAGCUCGCAGCGAAGCAUGGUAUCUUGUGCUUCGAGAUGGAAGCAGCCGGACUUAUGAAUCACUUUCCGUGUGUUGUCAUCAGGGGAAUCUGUGACUAUUCUGAUUCGCACAAGAACAAUGACUGGCAGGGAUAUGCCGCGAUGGUCGCAGCGGCCUACGCGAAGGACCUACUCCUUCAGGUAGCUCCGAGCAGCUUGCUGAAGGAGGAACGAAUCGAAAGUCUUUUGCGACAAUUGCAUGACAAGGUUGAGGAUAUUUACCAGAUAACCUCUGAAAGUAAGCGUUAUAUCAAGUCUCUUUCAUCAAGUAUCCACGAUGAUGCUAUAUCAAAAUGGCUCAAUGCAGCCGACCCUUCUGUCGAUCAUAACAAGGCUCACCAAACAUGCCACCCAGGCACCGGACAAUGGUUGUUAAACAACCCCCGAUAUCGUACCUGGAAGUCCCAAAAUGGUUCGUUUCUCUGGUUAAAUGGAAAUUCCGGCACAGGGAAGAGUAUCCUAAGCUCAAUUGUCAUUGAAAGCCUACGAAGUAGCCCUCCCCCCGGACUUGGCGGCUGUACAGUACUGUAUUUCUACAUAACGUUCACUGAUAGUCGGAAACGGUCUCUUGAUGCAAUUCUACGAUCUUUCAUCAGUCAGCUCUAUAGCAACCGGCAAGAGUCUCGGCAUCCAAUCACCUCACUAUAUUCAAAAUACGGCUGUGGAAAUAGUCAAGCAACUCUAGAACAGCUCAAAUCCACCUUUCGAGAGAUGAUGUCAGCUAUGGGAGAGGUAUUCAUUGUUAUUGAUGCACUAGAUGAAUAUCAGAACCGGAGAACCCGGGGAGAUGAUCUAUUCAGCUGGAUACAAAGCCUUUGCAAUGAGCUGGUCAAUACCCAUAUUCUUGUCACAAGCCGUCCUGAAAGUGAUAUCAAGACUUUCAUCGAGGCCUGGGCUGAUUCAGAGAGUAUCAUCUCCCUCAUAACAGAGAACGUGGGCAGAGAUAUUUCUGAGUAUGUACGGGAUGUCGUGAACAACUCCACAAGCUUUUGUCGCUGGCACGGCCAUACAUUAACCCUGGAUAACAUUGUCAAUACUUUGACUACAAAGGCAGAUGGAGUAUUUCGUUGGGUCGCUCUACAAUUAGAACGUUUGAAAGACUGCAUCAACUCAGAGGAAGUCAAUACAACACUUCAGACUCUUCCAACGACGCUUCACGAGACGUAUCACCGAGCAUUAAACAACCUCACAAGUACUAGAAAGAAGUACGUCAUCCGAAUACUGCAGUUUCUAGCCUACUCAGAUAUUGAACUGGAGCUCGAAGCGGCUGUCGAUGCUCUCACAGUAGAUGUUACAGCACCACCCGGUUCGCGUUUCACUACAGAAGAUCGUAUGCCGUUACCAGUUGAGAUAUCAUCGCUUUGUUCUACAUUAUUCUUCGCGGUUUCUACUACACAACACAAUCGAUUGCUCGGCAGACCACGUUCUAGAGUAGCAGUACUGCAACUGGCUCAUUCUUCCGUGAAGGAUUUCAUAUUAUCCUGUCCUAAAAACGAGUUCGAUGGCUUGUUGAUCGAAUCUACCGCAAGGCUGACCAUCAUAGAAAUUUGCCUCAUAUACUUCCUGGAAAUGGAUUAUUCCUUGCUUCAGGAAGACCUGAUACGAACACACCAUCUACUGGCAUUUGCCGCGGAAACCUGGAGGGACGAAGCUUGUUGCCGCGAGCCAAGGCUUGAUACCUUCUCACACUUAUCCAUCGAGCUCUUUUCGAACGACUCGCUGUUCAAACGAUGGAGAAUUCUAGUUAACAAGUAUCCUAAGGGCCUAAUAUCACUUUCCUGUUCUUCACCAGAGCAGGAUCAAAUGUUUUACGCAAGCUGGUCUGGGGACGAAAACUGUGUCACGGAGCUGCUAGACUCAAGCGCCACGGGGGAUAAAACCACAUGGAGGCUUAAUCAAGCCCUCCUUGUUGCCUCCGAGUUUGGCCACUUAGGAGCCGUUAUGCGUCUGCUUCGAGAAGGGGCCGAUGUCAACGCUAAAGGCAGAGUGUGUAGUGUCUUGUGUUCUGCCGUCUACGGUGGCCAUAAAGAUGUUAUUGCACUUCUGAUUCAGGAAGGCGCCGAUGUGGACGCGCAAGAAGGAAUAUAUGAUAUUGCCAGUCAAGUUGGCCGUUUGGAUAUCGUCGACCUCCUCAUUUCUGAAGGUGCUGAUGUCAAGUCUGAGUCAGACAUGGCUACGGCCCUUUAUUGUGCCUCUGACCAUGGCCGCCUGGAUAUUGUUAUGUAUCUGGUGGAGAAAGGUGCCGAUGUCAAUGCACAAACAUGUAGUGGCACGGCGCUUCAGGCUGCCUCUGCUUCUGGCCAUCUAGACAUUGUCAUAUUCUUACUCGAAAAAGGGGCCGAUAUUGACGCGCAUGUUGGAAUGAACUACAACGCUCUUCAGCGGGCCUGCCGCUCUGGCCACCUGGACAUUGUUAAUCAUCUUUUGGCCAAAGGUGCUGAUGUAAAUGACAAACGAGAGGAGUACAACGACCCUUUCAUUGAUUAUCUUUAUCUAAGCCAACCACGUCCUUUUCUACGGCCUGAUGAAGAAAACAUUGGCAGACCUCUUCAUCUUGCCUCUUACUUUGGCCAUUCAGAUAUCGUCGCACGUCUAGUAGAGGAAGGUGCUGAUCUGAAUGCCCGGGGAGGAUGCUAUGGCACUGCAACUUGCGCUGCCGCGAGCGCUGGCCAUUUCAACAUUGUCAAACGCCUAGUGGAGGAAGGUGCAGAUAUGAAUAGUCCGGCGGGGCACUAUGAAGAUGGACAUCAGGCUGCUCCCACCAGUCAACAAAGCAGAAUGAUCGAAAUCUUUCAAAGAUCAAACACUAUGAAAGCUUAUAAUCAAAGCUUGUAUUAG